UUAAAUUAUCGUUUUCCAAAAUCUGGUUUCAAAAUUCAUAAUUUCUUCUAUUCUCUUUGGAAUUUUUCUUCUCUUCCUGAAUUUCAGUGAUUAGUAUGAGACAAAGGAACAUGGUUUAUUUGAAAAUGGCCGAAGUGUUCCUCGGGGUAGCCGUUUUUAGCUUGCACGCAGCCUCGAUUUGGUGGGGCCACCACAAGCGAAACGCGAGGGGAAGUCACGUUGCAAUAGCAACAGGGAUUUGCAGUCCGAUGGUCCCGACGCUCUUCAGAGCCGAGCCAGCUCUUUACGGUUUCAACGAUUUGCCGAAAACGAUAAUCAUAGGAUUGGCUAUAUUUGUGAUACACUACCACUCUUACUUGCCUGCAGACUGGGCAACUAACUUUUUCAUAACACUGGGCUUUUGCGGCCCUCUGUUGCCCCAGAUAUACAGGAUGGAGGGUUUGAAAUCCGACGAAAUACCUAUGGAUAAACUAUCGGACAUGUUGUUCUCUUCUUUUGCUGCAUGGGUUUACAUGGUCGGAGGAGCUUUUCAAUAUAAAUAUUUGGCAUACUAUUUGACUCUUUAUAAAACAUGCGGAUCGUUUAUGAUGGCAUUAUUUUUCUUGAUUGACCUCAUUGUAACGUGGUGCUCAGCUGCCGACGACGAGAUACUCAUACGAAAUGGCGUCUUUUUCCUGAUAGUCGCCCGUCAGGAACAAUGGAAGGUGAAAGACGUGAGGCUGCAGGAAGACAAGAUGCCCAUAACGGCACCGUCGACCAAGAUCGAACCGGAUUCACAUUACUACAGGCCGAGGUUCAUGAGGCCCUGGGGCAAGGCGUACUUCAGAGUUUGUGACGACGAAGUCGCAGAAAAGAAGCUUGAAGAUUUGCUUAGAAUGGAAAGGAAGAGAAGGGGGAAAGAAGCUUUGACUCCGCAGGAACGCCUGUUGAGGGCGAUAGAAAUGAAAAGGGAAAUAGCAAACGCCCUCCGGGAGCAACGAAUCGAAAGAGCCGGUCGUACCAUCAGUCAGAAUCUAUCCUACCGAUAAAACAUUUUUAACUUUUAUAUUCAAUUUCUUUAAUAAUACUUUUGAAUCUAAUUUUAUGCAUUCACCAUAUGGUCGGUAUAAAUAAUUUUUCAUAUAUCUGUGCAUAAACCUUUAAAAUGACUAUCCUGUCUUCGACUAAGUUUCAAGGUUGGAACAAAUUCGCAGAAAUGGUAAGCCAUGCCUGACAAAGGACCAUAAUCUAAUCCUCUAAUGUAAAAAGUUCCUCAGCGUACUCUUAGCAAUAAUGGAGUCCAAGACGUUAUUAAUCGGUCUUGUUUUCACGGAAGUGAAUCCUUAUUUUGCCUUCUUGAGAACAGCCUCGUAUUCGACCAUGAUCGUCCCGUCCAUCAUGAGGUUGCAGGCUGCCAGCUUUUCAGAGCCAAUCGUACUCGAUCACCAUGUGGUAAAUUGAUAAAAAUUUCAACUUGACAAUAAUAUUAAUAAAAUAACAAUCAGCAUAUGUUCAUCACGAGCGUCGGGGCGAUUUUAUACACAAUAGCCAGCAUUUUUGGACUGCUUCAUUGGUUCAAGUUCCCCGGUGUUCACAAGUAUUACAGAUGGGAGGAAAUUGCGAUAGUUUUGACUCAGCACAUAUUGGCUCUUGUUCUUGCUUUAAUGUUUAUAUGUGACACUUUUAUCGUCUGUUUCAAACACGAAGAUAAAAUAUACGUUUAAUUUCCCA